AAGAAGAAGAAAGAUGGCAGCCUCCGUGGACGAGACACGUUAGUUAAGUAAACCCUAAGAAAGUAGUUAUUUUACCGAGUUGCAUAUAUAUUGCUAAGUUCAGUGUAAAGUAGCGUUAUUGUGUCCCUGUGGCGGACGAAGAAUAUCUGGAACGGUUGUGUCACAGAGAAGAAUGUGCUUCAAUCAACUUUGUGUCGUUGCUAUUCAGAAAGUGUAUGACGUCGUAGUGUGAGGAGGAAUUGCCUCACUAGUUAUCUUACGGUGAAGUUAAACUAGCUUUAGAAAUUAACAUUUUAGUGUCGUCGUUCUUCUGGAUCGACGUUGGACGUUUCAUCCUGCCAGCUUGUAGCCUGCGAGAAACCAGCGCUUCCCACUGCCAUCUCCCUGCUCCUCCUCUCUCUCACUCCCGCGGGCCGCGACACUCUCGGUGUGGUCUGUGAGUAGCCUAUUCACUGCCACAUGAGACUCUCCACUCCAGUCAUUGACACGACGUGCAUCCCGUGAACAAUACUUAUCGUACGGAACACUUUUGAGUGACCAUCUAGUGGCUUGACACUGAGUGAACAUUUAACAAAACAGUGACAACAGUGAUCAGCAGUGAGAAUACUAACGCAUUGAACUUAUUGGGAGUGACUUUUGUGAUACUGGCGUUUUGCCUGCAAGGGUAUUUACAAUGUGUUACGUGCUAUUGAUGUUAUGAUGUAUGGAUGGGUGUUCACUGAAUAUACAUGCCUGUUUUGAGAGUGUUGUUAAGACCUACUGGUUAUGGUGAGCUAUACUUAUGAAGUAUGUUAGGGAGCUUAUGUGAUUUACAAUUACUACUGUCAUAAUUUGGGUUUUCUACUUCAAAUGGGUAACUGUUUGUGUUAGGUGCUCCUCAUUUUCAGUUUGAUAAAUUCCCUCGGAGUAAGGCUUCAUUUAUGUGUAGAUCUAAGGAUCUAAGGAUUGGACGUUUUCAUUUUCAAAGGGUUCAAUUCUAGUUAAAGCAAUAGAGAAAUAAAAGGUAACUUUUCUAUACCACAACAUGAGUGUGCUGGAGUGAGGUUACACAUGCAUAACCUAGAAAUAUACGGCAUGAAACAACACAGCCAUUUAGAGAUAAUGUCAAAAAAGCCUGAGCUCCUGUUGUCCAGAUAUACCUGAAGUCAGUGUUUGCAUAAACUAGCCACAUGAUCUUGUACCACAUUCUAACAUGUGACCACUGUAAAAAAGACAACGCACAAAUUAUGUAUUUGCUACACCUCUCAUAACCUAGGCCCUACAGAAUUCUGCACGUAUCCUUUGACCAAAACAAGCCAUAACCUUUACAUUUCACACUUCCAUGGCUCCACCCCACCCCCACCAGUUCUCCUUUGUGGACUUUGAGCAGUGUGAGGUCUGACCAUGUCCAUUUGAGGACCAUAAGCUGUGUGAAGAGAGCUCAUACAUAUGGAAUUCCCUCCUACAUCAGAUUUGCAUUCAAAAAGCCCUUGCAGCUGAUUGGUUAGGUGUGAAUUCUAGAGGCUAAUGGGGCAGGCAAAAGGACUAUAUUAUGAACACAACAGACUGGGGUCUCAAUACUGAGGUCACAUUUGGUACACGUAUCGAAAGGACUACAUCUGUCUUUGUACUGAAGGAUUGUUUGAUUAUUCUCUAAACUGACUUUUGAAAUGUCAGGAUCUGACCAGCUCACAGCAGUGAAGAGGGAGAGUGAAGAAGAAUUUGAUGAUUUCCUACAAGAGUAUCUGUUUACAACUAAGAAAGAGAACGAAGAACAUGGACUGGAACAUGAAUGUAAGACUGAAAUAUCCAUGCCACUACAGGAGAUUAAAAAGGAAGAAAAAGCUUCAGAUCUUCAUGAUCAUACAUAUUGUUUUCCAAGAGGAGACAUUCAAAGGAAUCAAGCUAUUAAAUCAGAACACAGGAAGGGAAAAGGAAACCAAGUGUGCUACAAGCACUCAUGUAGCCAGGAGACUUCAUACCAGAAAUUACACGAGGAGUUGGAAACCAGGGAGGAACUGCUCACUGAUCAUCAGAUUACAGAUAUUGGAGACAAACGGCAUCACUGUUCUCAGUGUGGAAAAGCUUUUAUUAAUAAGUACACUCUUAAGAAUCAUCAGAUGAUCCAUACUGGAGAAAAGCCACAUCAGUGUUCUCAGUGUGGAAAAGCCUUUAUUAAUAAGUACACUCUUAAGAAUCAUCAGAGGAUCCAUACUGGAGAAAAGCCACAUCAGUGUUUGCAGUGUGGAAAGGCCUUUAUAGAAAAGUGUAAUCUCAAGCAACAUCAGAGGACUCAUACUGGAGAAAAGCCACAUCAGUGUUUGCAGUGUGGAAAGUUCUUUAAACAAAAGAGUAAUCUCAAGGUACAUCAGAUGACCCAUACUAGAGAAAAGCCACAUCAGUGUCUGCAGUGUGGAAAGGCCUUUAAACAAAAGAGUCUUCUCAAGCUACAUCAGUUGACCCAUACUGGAGAAAAGCCACAUCAGUGUUUGCAGUGUGGAAAGUUCUUUAAACAAAAGAGUAAUCUCAAGCUACAUCAGAUUGUCCAUACUGGAGAAAAGCCACAUCAGUGUUUGCAGUGUGGAAAGGCCUUUACACAAAUGAGUAGUCUCAAGGUACAUCAGAUGACCCAUACUGGAGAAAAGCCACAUCAGUGUCUGCAGUGUGGAAAGACCUUUAAACAAAAGAGUCGUCUCAAGCUACAUCAGAUGAUCCAUACUGGAGAAAAGCCACAUCAGUGUUCGCUGUGUGGAAAGGCUUUUACAGAUACAAAAGCUCUUAAGACUCAUCAGAUGAUCCAUUCUGAAGAAAAGCCACAUCAGUGUCUGCAGUGUGGAAAGGCCUUUAUAUGGAAGGGUCGUCUCAAGCUGCAUCAGAUGACCCAUACUGGAGAAAAGCCACAUCAGUGUUUGCAGUGUGGAAAGGCCUUUAAACAAAAGAGUAAUCUCAAGCUACAUCAGAUUGUCCAUACUGGAGAAAAGCCACAUCAGUGUUUGCAGUGUGGAAUGGCCUUUACACAAAAGAGUACUCUCAAGAAGCAUCAGAAUACCCAUACUGGAGAAAAGCCACAUCAGUGUUCGCUGUGUGGAAAGGCUUUUACAGAUAAAGUAGCUCUUAAGACUCAUCAGAUGAUCCAUUCUGGAGAAAAGCCACAUCAGUGUCUGCAGUGUGGAAAGACCUUUCUAUGGAAGGGUGAUCUCAAUGUACAUCAGAGGAUCCAUACUGGAGAAAAGCCAUAUCUAUGUUCUCAGUGUGGAAGGACCUUUAAUUACAACAGCAGCCUCAAGCUACAUCAGCAGACCCAUACUGGAGAAAAGCCACAUCAGUGUUCGCAGUGUGGAAAGGCCUUUGCAUUGAAGGAUAAACUCAAGCAACAUCAGAUGACCCAUACUGGAGAAAAGCCACAUCAGUGUUCGCAGUGUGGAAAGGCCUUUGCAUUGAAGUGUAAGCUCAACAUACAUCAGAAGAUUCAUUCUGGAGAAAAGCCACAUCAGUGUUUGCAGUGUGGAAAGGCCUUUGCAUGGAAGUGUGAUCUCAACAUACAUCAGAAGAUUCAUUCUGGAGAAAAGCCACAUCAGUGUUCUCAGUGUGGAAAGGCCUUUAUACGGAAAAGUCAACUCAAGGUGCAUCAGAGGAUCCAUUCUAGAGAAAAGUCAAAUCAGUGUAGUACAUGAGGGAAGUGUUAUGGGGUCAACCCAGAUCUCAAGAGACAAAGCCAUUAACUUAUCUAGGCUACUUACAGCCAUAUUAUCAAUACAUUUAUUUACUAUUCAUUUAUAUUCGCUAAUGUAUUCAAAUAUGUAAAUUGUGUCAUUAACUAUCAGAGGGGUUACCAGGAUGCAAUCUUUGGGGGGGCAUUUGGCUUAUUUGGGGUGACAAACAACGAUCUUUUAGCGCAUGGCCACUUGGCAGACUCACAGGGCCCAUAGUCUAAACAAUGUAGUAGUUGUUAAACCAGGUGAAUAAAUGUAUGGGUUUCCCAAUAUCAUUUGUAGUGGUGUUGUGACUGAUACAUCUCACAUUCAAUACAAUAAUAGGUAUACAGAAUCAUAGAUGAUCUGUAGCCAUUCUAUCUAUCUAUCUAUCUAUCUCUCUAUCUCUCAUGCAUCAGCCAGGAGACAUAGUCAAUGAAAAAUACAUAAGACUAAUAGUGUGUCACAAUUGUUUUGAUACUGAUUUGGUAUUGAUUUGAUUUGGGAGUCCAACCACACCAGUGGAGAUCAAAGACAUUACAAGGCAUAUUCUUCCCCCAACACUCAGUGAAAAGGUGGCUUUGUUUGUAUUUCAAACAUUUUGAAAUUCAUAUUAAGUUUACAUUAUGAUAGGCUAGCCUAUGCGUAAUUAGUUAUAUUAAGUUGACUAUUUCAUAUAGAUUUUUUUAUUUUGACUCACAUUUUACAUGAUUGUCAUAUUGAUUUACAUUUAGGCUAUCUUUAAUGUCAUUGAGUGCCUGUCACUUUAAGAGAACGUGAGAGUAAUAAUUAGGCUUCAGUAAUGAUAUUCGGCUAGUCUAAAAUAGGCAUAAUGCAUAGAAAUAUGUGGAAGCAAUGCGUUGAUUCUAUGUGGUUUAAAUAAACGUUCAAAAAAACAAACAAGAGCACAAUAUGCAUGCAGUGAUUAUUGUGGGGUGCUAUUACAUACAGAGCGAAGUUGGAGACCUGUGUAUGUGCUGCCUGCAAUUUAA